AUGUUCGUUCAGGAGGAGAAGAUCUUUGCUGGCAAAGUCCUGAAGGUUCACAUCUGUACCAUGGAGGGCACCGAGUGGCUGGAGGAAGUCACGGAAGAUACCACUCUAGAGAAACUAAAGGAGAAAUGCUUAAAGCAUUAUGUCCAUGGAAGUCUAGAGGAUCCUAAAACUCUUACACAUCACAAACUCAUUCAUGCUGCCACUGAGAGAAUUCUCACAGAAUCCAAGACUGUUGCUGAGGAAAAUAUUAAAGACAAAGACUGCUUAUUAUUGAUAAAGAAAAGACCUCCACCGGCUCCACCAAAAAUGGCCGACAUAUCUUCUGAAGAGAAGAAGAAGCAAGAGAACAAAGCACCAGAUAAGGAGGCCAUCCUCAAAGCCACAGCAAGCCUGUCCACUCGUAACACUGACCGCACUGUAACUCAACACAGUAUCAGAGAUUUUCAAACAGAGCUGAGGAAGAUUCUGGUCUCACUUAUUGAGGUGGCUCAGAAGCUGCUGGCUUUGAAUCCAGAUGCUGUUGAGCUCUUCAAAAAGGCCAAUGCCAUGCUGGAUGAGGAUGAGGAGGACCGUGUGGAUGAAACGGCCCUGCAGCAGCUGACUGAGAUGGGCUUCCCUGAGAGUCGUGCUGUGAAGGCUCUGCGCUUAAACCACAUGUCGGUGACCCAGGCUAUGGAAUGGCUGAUUGAGCAUGUGGAUGACCCCAUGGUUGACACUCCUCUGCCUGGACAGGACACCCCAGGGGCGGCAGCCGCUGCAGCCCCAGCCCCAGCCCCAGCCCAAGCCCAAGCCCCAGCUCCCUGUGCCACAGCUUCAGGAGCCCGGGCCCGUCUGUCCUCCCAGGCCAGCCUAGAGGAGGCCAAACAAGAUGAACUGACAGAGAUCUUCAAACGGAUCAGGAGGAAAAGAGAGUUCAGGCCAAACUUACAGGCAGUCAGUGGGCUGAUGGAGAUGGGCUUCGAUGAGAAGGAAGUGAUUGAUGCCCUUCGCGUCAAUAAUAAUCAACAGGAAGCAGCUUGUGAAUGGCUGCUUGGUGACAGAAAGCCCACCCCUGAGGAUCUGGACAAGGGCAUUGAUACCAACAGUCCCCUGUUUCAGGCCAUCCUGGAGAACCCAGUUGUACAGCUUGGUCUCACAAACCCCAAGACUCUUCUGGCAUUUGAGGACAUGCUGGAGAACCCGCUGAACAGCACGCAGUGGAUGAACGAUCCUGAGACAGGUCCUGUCAUGCUCCAGAUCUCCAGAAUCUUCCAGACACUCAAUCGCACGUAAAACACACCUCAUCUGUGAACCACAGCAUAGGGAAAAAGGUCAAUCAUUUAGAAGAGAGGUGUGUGUGUGUGUGUGUGUUUGACAUAAUUAUUGUUUUAAGUGGAGAAGUCAAAGAAGAUGAAUGUAAAAAUACAAUGAUGACAUUUUCACAUCAUGUUAUACAGAGGAAAAUAUCUAUUUAUAACUACACAACACUUGUACAAAUACAAUGUAAGCAGUAACUUAAUGAAAAAUAGCUAACUCCAUUAUUUCGUUUUUUAUGUUUUAAUAAGAUCUGUUUUUAAUUAUAUUAAGCACAUUACUUUAUUUUAUAUAAUUUCUCUAUAUAACUGUACAAUUGGACAUCUAAUAAAAAAAAGAAAAAGAUAAAAAAAAAAAAAGAUAAAAAUCACCAGAAGCAAUUUUCUAUGGUUUUUGUGCUCCAAGAUCAAAUCUCAACCAAAUUAUUAAACACUUCACAUGGUACACUUGUCAUAACUGAAUGUUUCUACAGAGAGAUAAACAAUGUGUAUUCAGUUGUUUUUAUUAUCGGUUCAAAAAUGAAAUCGUUUAUGUAUUCGAUUAGAAGUUCCUACCAAAAACGUCAAAUGAAGGUAUGCUUGAGGGAAAGCAAAGCAAGCACCAGCAGUUUUUUGGCAACUCCUCAUUUGAAGAUUAUUCAAGCUUUGUGGUUUGAUUAACACUACAGACAGUUCUGUGAUGUUGUGGUGACACAAUUUGCAGCCCCUUACUGACAUAGAUACAUGAUAGAAAAUGAAAUCGAACCUGAUCUCUUUGUUCCUCCUAUUGCUUUAACUCCUCUGAUCUAAAGAAAGAGUGUUCAGGUGGAUUCAAGUCCAUUUAGACAAAGCUGGUAGAAAUGAGUUCUGGAUCAUUAUCUUGUUUUCUCCCAGUAGCUCCUGCAUCAGGGGUUUCUAAGUAUUACAGUACUUUAAUCCACCAUCGUGAUCUCACUCGCAUCCCUGCACAUUUAAUGUGAGUCUCACUUUACAUCAUUACUUGGAGGCUGGACAAACUUUAGUUUGUACUAACUAAAAUAAAAUCACUCUUAUAUUAUGGAUUGGUUCUACUACAUUGUAUGUUUGCUUAAGUUGUUUGUGUUCACUGACAAUGUGCUCUAAGUGUCCUCACAGUUCUCUUAUGUCACUUUUUACAGUGAACUUUCUAGUUUGCACAGGAAAUUCAGAUUGCAUUCAUAGUACACAACAUUAUUUUAAAUGAUAUAUGAAAUGUUUAUUUUGAAACUCCCUAUCGUGGAUGAUAUGGAGGCAUUUUUUGGAGUGGAGAUUAUUAUUAUUAUUUUUUUUUUCAUUUAUAUGCUCUGUUUCAAAUACUGUAUCUGUGCUGGGAUUUCUAAAAUAAAUGAUUAUUUCAGUUUUCAGUUAAAUUUGAGAUGAGAAAUGUUAUUUAAAUGGUUCUGUUGUGCUUUUUUUAACAUUUUGAUUUGUAUCAGAUAAAAACAUUACAAAAAUACGGUCAUAACAAACAGCAAUUUUAGAAUCAUGGAUAAAUAGUAAAUUUGAUUUUUUUUUUUUUUUUUUUGGUCAAGCGUGGAGUGUUUUCAUUCAAUAUUUGAAUCGUGUUGGUGUGAAGUGUGUGCUCAGGGGUUUCUUAGCCAUACAGGGCAAAUAUCUGCUAUAGUAAGGCCUACUUUAUCAAUACAAAUAACUGUAGUUUAGUGAUUUCAUUAUCAGAGAACUCUAUGAAUAUAUCUGUAGACUUAACUCUUUAAAUGAAGACUUAUUGUCCUUGUGUGAUAUAUAUUUUGAGGCCAGAAUGGCCAAAAAAAAUCCAAUCAUGAAACCAUCCCUAGAGAGAUUGUCAUUAUUAUACAGUUUUAGAAGACCUCACAAAUUGCAAUGUUCACUUCACUGUCUGUGUCACUUCAUAAGUAGGUAAAGAUUGUAUUGAACAUGUAUAGCAUUUGAAAUCAGAUCAUCUCCGUUGUCUUGAGAACAAGUUUUGGUCUUAAGAAAUAUAGCUUCAUUUGUUUUGGGGGACUAUAGAGUACAGUCUUCUAUGCAAUUCUGUUUUUUUUUUUUUGUCUCGACAGGAAAAAAAAAAAACAGGUUUCAGUAUCAUGAUGUAUUUGUGGUAUUUGAUUAAUUUAUGUGCACUUUCAUAUCAUAUCUUAUUUUUUUAUUUUAAUCAAAUUUUGGUUUCAUCAUGGCUAAGAAAGUGCUGUAUGAUUUCAGUAUUUUAAAAUGUUUGAGGUUUACUAAUUUACUGUUUAGAAAUGCUUAUAUGGUUAAACAGUGUCAUUUUGGAAUUGGAGUGCUGAAUACCUUAAAAUUAUCAUUGAUCAAAUGUUACAGAUUUUGUUUAUUUUUUUUCUCCCUCAUUUCAAAAAAGACUAUCAGGUCACAGAAGUUAUGAAAUAUCUUGAAGCUUUGGUGCUCUUGUGUUCUCAUUUUAGUUUUGUGUCCUUGCUCCGUGUAUAAGUUCAGUUUCACAUAAGGCCCCUACAGUUUGAGAGUUGAAAUGUAACUUUCUCAAUCCACUUGUUGAAAAGCCUUUCAUGACAAAUAAUAAUAAUAAAAAAAGUUUUGAAAUCCCUG